GGAUGCGGAAGUGAGUUGGUUCCGGGAGUUGGGACAUGGAGCCCGGGCAGCUGCCGGUGUGGCGCGGCCUGGGGCUGCUCGGGAGAGGAGCGGAGGGACCCGCGCUGGGGCCCGGCGGCUGCGAGAGGCGGCUGCUGUGGGCCGCGUCCCUGCUGUGCGUCUUGCUGGACCUGCAGUUGCCAGGUUUGCUGGCUGCUGGACAAGCGGAAAUUGAGAACCACCUGGAAAUGGGUCGGAAGCUCUUGGCGGCCGGGCAGCUGGCUGAGGCGCUGUCCCACUACCACUCAGCGGUGGAAAGCGACCCCAAGAACUACCUGACUUACUACAAGCGGGCGACCAUCUAUUUGGCCAUGGGCAAGUUCAAGUCGGCACUGCCAGACCUCUCCAAGGCUAUCGAGCUCAAGCCGGAUUUCCUGGCUGCACGACUGCAGCGAGGCAACAUCCUCUUGAAACAAGGCAGCACACAGGAGGCCAAGCAGGACUUUGAAGCCGUGCUCAAGAGCAAUCCAGAUAACACAGAGGCGCAAAGCCAGCUUGUGCGAGUCAGCGAACUGGAGUUUUCUAUGCAAGAGGCCCGGACUGCCUUCCAGAGGAAAAACUACUUAGGAGCAAUCAGUAUUCUGGAUCGAGCCAUCGAGAUUUCUCCCUGGGACCCCGAAGCUAAGGAGCUGCGCGCCGAGUGCCACUUGUUCCUCGGCGACUACCACAAGGCCGUUCUCGACCUGAAGCCCACCACCAGACUGCGGAACGACAACCGGGGGGCUUUCCUGAAGCUCAGCAAGCUGUACUACAACUUGGGGGAGCACGAAGAGUCCUUGAACCAAGUGCGGGAGUGCCUGAAGUUGGACCAGGAUGACAAAGACUGCUUCUCCCACUACAAGCAAGUGAAAAAGCUCUCCAAGCAGCUGGAAGCAGCCGACGAACACGUGAAAUCUCAGAGGUACGAAGAAGCCAUUGAGAAGUACAAAGCAGCAGUCAAGACGGAGCCCAACGUGGCGAUCUACACCACCAAGGCAAAAGGACACAUCUGCCACUGUUUGACCAAGAGCAAACGGCCUCGUGAAGCCAUCGACGUUUGCACGGAAGCUCACCACCUCGACCCCAGGAACGUCUUCAUCCUGCGGGACAGAGCUGAGGCAUACAUCCUGAACGAGGAGUUCGAGAAAGCUGUCGAAGAUUACCAAGAAGCCAAGGAGUUUGAUGGGGAAAACGAAGAGUUGAAAGAAGGACUGGAGAGGGCACAGAAGCUGCUGAAGCAGUCCAAGAAACGAGACUAUUACAAGAUCCUGGGGAUCCGAAGGAACGCAAACAAGCAGGAAAUCAUCAAAGCCUACCGGAAGCUGGCUCAGCAGUGGCACCCUGACAACUUCCAGUCAGAGGAUGAGAAAAAGGAGGCGGAGAAAAAGUUUAUCGACAUCGCGGCGGCAAAAGAGGUCCUGACAGAUCCAGAAAUGCGGCAGAAGUUCGACUCUGGCGAGGACCCUCUAGACCCGGAGAAUCAGCAGGGAGGGUCCGGACACCAGCACCACUGGCCGUUUGAGUUCAACCCGUUCAGCUCUGGGAACGUUCACUUCAAAUUUCACUUCAAUUAAU